AUGUUGAAUUUAUCAAUUGGACUCAUUCCUUGGAUAUUUUCAGCCUUAUCAUAUUUUCGUAUUUUAUUGAUUUUUGGAGACUUUGUAUGAAUAAUUUGAGGUGUUUCGCUAUCAGAAACUUUAGGCUCUUCUUUAAUUUCAGCUGGAAGUGCACUAUCAGGAAUGUCUUCAAAUAAAUCUUUAUGGGAUCUUAUAGAAGGUAAUUUCAUGGUUGAAUUCUGCCUAUUUGUUGCCAUAGAAUGCGAACUUUCAGACUUAGCAACUUGCAAAUCACUUGAAUUGGCAGUAUCAUUUGCUCUAGCUGUUACCCCAAAAUACUCUUUCCUACUCAUUGUCUUUAAUUUUGCAUUUGAAUUAGAGAUACCAUGCUUACUGCGAUCCCCAUCAAAAAUCGUAACGCCAAUGCUCAAAUUAAUUGCUUCAAAAAUUGGUGAAGAAAUUGAUGCUACAUUUCUAACUCACUCUUGCUCCUUUUUAGGAGUUGUUUUCAAUGGCUUUAAAGUCCCAAAAUCUUCAAGAGUCCUUUUUUUCUUUUUUUCUACUUUAAUUGGUUCUUCCAUUAUUGGUUCUGGUACUGAGUAUCUCAAAACUGAGGUGCUAUAUGAGUUAACGUUUCUAAAUUUCAGAGGACUAACAACCAUAAUUUUCCCUGAAAAAUUGUAUGUAAAUAAUUUACUUUUUAGUCCUUCUGCCUCUCGCUGAUAUUCCCUUUCUUUUGCUUUCUCUUCUUCGUUUCGUUUUUUUUGCCUUUCAUUUUCCUCUUUUUUUCUCUUAAUUUGCCUUGCUUUGAUUUCCCUCAUUUGAUUCUCUGCCUCAUCUUCUGGGGUUUCCAAAUAA